AUGCUGACGUCAUGCACCUAGAUCAUAGCAUGUUGCGUAAUAACGACGAGCAUCACCGACCGGCAUUGAGAUCGCAAUGAUGCAUAUAUACCCACAGACAUUCCUCCAACCACUAUAUACUCAAUGUUUAACACUACUCGACUCACGACUUCCCUGAUACGAUCAUCAAAACCAAUCACCCUGAAACCUUUCAGACAUUUCUCCACGACGGUGUCAAGAGCUAUGGACGCAUACAAGAAGGCUGGAAACCGCAAGAAUGAGCCGCCAAAGCAUGAGAUGUUCCAUUUCCCUGGGCUGCUAAGCAGUAAGCGCGAAUUCGGCGACUUCAGAACGGUGCUUCACACGGGACUCUUCAGCCAAAUUGUAGCCAUGGAGGUCCCAGUUAACGGAGACAUCGGCGAUGAGGUCCACACCGUCGACCAGAUCCUCAUGUUCACAUCCGGCCGCGGCCUCGCAACAGUCGCUGGCAAGGAUCAGGAAGUCAAGGCCGGCGAUGUUGUCGUUGUGCCCGCCGGGACUCAGCAUCAGUUCGUCACGCGAGGCGACCAGCCUUUGGAGUUGAUCACCAUAUAUGCGCCCGGCGAGCAUCUGCCGACCAGCGUACACAAGACGAAAGAAAUUGGUGAUAAGGAGGAGGAAGAUGGUAUUGAUGAGGCGCCUGAGUGGAGUCAGAACAGCAAGAAAGAUAAUGAGGAGAACGGGCUUGUCAAUGAGAGCGGGAAGUACUAGUUACAAAAUAAGUGCGAACGAUCUGUGGCUGCUACAUCAUACUUACUGAAUUGUAACGUGCUGGCGAUACGACUCAUUCGAAAUCACCGAGAAGUCCACACUACGUAAACGAGUAACACAACGCGCGCACUGUCAACACCGUAUU